CGCAGCUUUCGAAGCUUAUUGCCGUCCCUCCUCCCGACAGAACCUCUGUCGAUUCGGCCGACGCGUACCUCGGGAUCGGAAAACACGGGUUUCUGCCCAGGACCCUCCAAGCGAAACCCGAGAUAUGGAGUCCAUCUCGCGCAUUUCCUCGCUUCUUGAGAGCGCCCGAGAGCUCACCCUCGAUGCUGCCUCGGCCGCCGCGUCCCGGGGCUCACGCGCCUCCACCAGGCCACCGGACAAGGCGCAAAUCAAGAGGCUUCUGGACAGCCGUAAUGAGAGGGAGGUUCUGGAUGGACUGAGAAAAGUCAUUGCGAUGAUGUACCGGUCGCAAAAUAUCCUUCAAUUCUUCUCAUCGGUGGUUAAGAAUGUCGCAUCCCCGAAUUUGGAGAUCAAGAAGCUGGUCUACAUCUACCUCCUUCACCAUGCCGAACAAGAGCCGGAUCUGGCACUGUUGUCCAUCAAUACGAUCCAAAAGUCACUGUCGGAUAGCAACCCGCAGGUCAGAGCGCUCGCCCUCCGGACAAUGUCGGGCAUCCGCGUCCCCGUCAUCAGCCAGAUCGUCUCCCUGGCCAUCAAGAAAGGAGUCGGGGACAUGAGUCCAUAUGUGCGCCGUGCUGCCGCCCUAGCGAUCCCGAAAUGUCAUCGUCUCGAUCCCACGCAGCUGCCACAGCUUCUCGAAUAUCUCACCACUCUGCUUGGGGACAAGCAGUACUAUGUCGCGGGUGCUGCAGUGACUGCCUUCCUCGAGAUCUGUCCAGACCGGUUGGAUCUAAUACAUAAACACUACAGAGCCCUGGUACGAAAAAUCGUAGACAUGGACGAAUGGUCGCAGCUUUCGACAUUAAAAUUGAUGACGAUCUAUGGGAGAAAAUGUUUCCCGAGGCGGACGCGCAUAGUAAAGAGCAAAGCUGUCAAGAACCAUACUCCGGAUCUACAGGAUUUCUACGGGGAAAACAGCGGGACUAAUAGUUCGGAUACCGGAGACACGGAAGGCGAAAAGGUUAUCAUACUCGAUCCAGACCUUGAGCUAUUUCUCAACAGCAUCAAGCCGUUAUUACACAGCCGCAACUCGGCCGUGAUUGUUUCCGUAGCGCGGAGUUAUAUUGCGCUGGGGACAGACUCACACGUCAGCUCCGCGAUCGGACCCUUGAUUGCCCUCCUCCGUGGGCCGCAGGACACCCAGCAAGCUGCCCUAUAUAGCAUCGUGUCCGUGUGCCUUUCUCGACCCGCCGAAUUUGCGCGUUACGCAACGCACUGUCUCGUGCGCGGUACCGACACCCCAGAGGUAUGGGAGCUCAAGCUGGAGGUGCUCACGCUCAUCUUCCCGCACGCCGCCCCUCACGUGAAGUCGUUGAUCCUUUCGGAACUAGAACAUUUCUCCCGAGGUGGUUUCGGUUCGCGACAGGACAGGGAGCUCAUGCGCGCUGCCGUGCGGGCCAUCGGUCGUUGUGCACAGGCAGACGCCGCAGCAUCUCGCCGGUGUUUACGACUUUUACUUGGGCAAAUUACAAGUUUAGAUGGUACACUUGCCGCCGAAAGCUUGACGGUCAUACGGCAUCUGAUCCAGCGGGAUCCUGGCUCUCACCUCUCUACUGUAGUCAGGCUGGCGAGGAACCUCGACUCUGCCACUGACCCACUGGCACGCGCAACGAUCGUCUGGCUGGUUGGGGAGUUUGCUGGUAUAAAUGAUGGUGACAACGUUGCGGCCGAUGUCUUGCGCAUCCUACUCAAGGAUUUCGCAAAUGAGGCAGAGGUCACCAAGCGACAGAUUCUGUUGCUGGCUGCCAAAGUCCACUUGCACCAUCUCAACAGAACUUCUGGGGAUGAAUCUGCGAAAAAGAAGCAGCAAAAGCCACCAGCUACGAGUGAACCCCUGGAAACCGACGGUUGGGGAGCCCAUGAUGAGUCGGACGCGCAUUCACCGGACGAACCAGAGGAGACCCAUCCAACCGCAAUACUGUGGGAUUACACGCUAGUACUGGUCCGGUACGACACAUCCUACGACCUUCGCGACCGCGCAAGGAUGUACAGGGCGCUGCUUGGAGUACCCCAGUUGGCGACACUGAUGCUACUCGCGCCAAAGCCAGCGCCUCAGGCACCAAGUCCGUCAGAAGUACGCAAGGGCUACACUCUCGGGUCGGCAGCGCUCGUGCUCGCCGGCGCCGGCGGGGUUCAUGGCCUCAGAGGUUACGAGCCGUUGCCCGACUGGGUUGAGGAGGGCAAGGAGCCGGAUCAGAUGCUGCGCGAGGGAGAUGGGGCUGUCAAGAAUACAUAUGGCGAGACCCGAUCAGUACCGGCCGCCGAGAGUCUUGACAGCGCUGUCGGGUCGUCAAUGCCAACCUCGAAGGCAGUCAAGGCUUCCAAUGGAAUGGGCGAAAAGUCGCUGGAUGACUGGCUUGCCGAGAGUGAACAUGAAGAAGAGGAAAAUGAAGAUAGUGGCGAGAGUGAGGAAGAGAGCUCUGAUGAGGAGGAGGAGGAAGAAGAGGAGGAUGAAGAGGAGGAUGAAGAGGAGGAUGAGGAUGAUUCAGAUGAGGAAGAAAGUGACGAUGAUCAAGGGGAAGGAGAUAGACUUGUUAGUCGGUCUUAG